AACUGAUGAUUAACAUGCUGCGUAAAAUAGUUGGAGUUCUUCUCUGUUGUACUGUGUAGGUCCAGUCUGAGUUGUUAUAUUCUCUGUGGUGUAUGUUACACUUUGUUUAAUUAUUGAACCUGUCACUUGACCAGAGCCAAAGCUGCUGUUGGAGCUGCUCCUGCCAACAUGUGUAACCAGGCUACACUAAACAAACAACUUGGCUGCUCCGUUUUCUGUGUGGCUCUGAAUCUGCAGUUGUAAUUGUCAGAAAAUGAGCUCUGAUGUUUUAGUGUCACGGCCAAACUAUGACAGCAGAGCUGUGGCUCAGGGGUUCCCGGAGAAAGAGCCUCCUGUACAGCCGGGUGUCCCGCAGCCGUCUUCGGGCUCAGCCACCGCGGGGUACCGCUCCGCUAAAUACACCCCGGCUGAGUGGUUCUCCAACUACCACGCUAUCCUCCAACAGGCCGGUACCGACCACCGCGAAGCCCGGAGCGUCCAGCGGGAGUCCAAGACGCUGUAUCAGGACACCGAGACAGCCACUGUGAACACCCAGGCUCAGGGAACGCGUCUUCUGGGAGAGAGACUACAAGAUCUCCACUCCUGGAAGUCUGAGCUGCAGCGGCACAUCGAGCAGCUGCGGGCCGACACCGAGUCUCUGAUGCCGCUGAAGAUGCGGCUGGAGAAGGCGCUGGACGCCACCGAGACGCCAUAUGCCAUCGCCACCGAUAAUCUGAACUGCAGGGCCAGAAGACUGGGCCCAGACCUGGUCAGAGACACCGUGGAGGAGGAGCUGCUGAAGGAAGUGGACUUGAUCAGGAGCAUCCAGGAUCUUUUGAAGAGAACUACAGCUCAGGUUGUCACUCAGAUCAAGAUGAACAGAGAGGCCAAGCAGACAUUAGAGUUGGACUGGUCUGAUAAGCACCAAGCCUACAACUUUGAUGACCACUGUGGAAGACACAGUAACAUGAGCCCAGAUACACAGCACCACCCAGGCUCAGCCGCCGUGCAGGACCAGGUGUGUAACCACUCAUCAUGGACCAAGUUCACACAGGACAACCUGAUCAAGGCCAUGCAGGAAGAACAGGCCACUUACAGCCUCAGACUGCUGGUGGAGCGAGUGCUGCAGGACACCACCGAGGAUCUGAGAGUCCAGUGCUCCAACGUGGACAGAGCCUUCAGCCAGCGCUGUGCAGAGCUGAUAGAGGCCAAGACCCAGCUGGAGAUGAAGCGUGUAAAGGUCCUGGAGCAAAUUGGAGACCAGGAGAGGAAUAUUGUGGCCCUGCAGCAGGCCAUCGAUAAUAAAGAGGCUCCACUGAGAGUAGCUCAGUCCAGACUUUACCUUCGCUCUCUCAGACCCAAUAUGGAGCUGUGCAGGGACGAACCCCAGCUCAGUUUGGAGGGGGAGGUGAGACAAAUCGAUGCCACCGUGACGUCUCUGCAGCAGCAGCUGAGCGAGGCCAGAGGCUCCCUGUCCCGCCUGGAGGAGUCACGCUUGGCCCUCGAGAAGGACAUUAGCUGCAAAACCCACUCACUGUUCAUCGAGAGAGACAAGUGCCUGACUCAACGCAGACGAUACCCAACAAACUUUACACUCUCAGGAUAUUGAAGAUAAUGACUCUGAGUGUUUGUGUGGCCUGUGCUUUGGUUUUCAAAUUGUUUGGUUAAAAUGUUUUGGCUUAGUUGUGCUGUGCAUACAGUAAGGGUUGAAGCUUGUUAGUAGAGAGCAUGAGCACAUUUUAUGUACUGAAAACAGUUGUUUAGUUUUGCAAAAAGGUUCACGAGUUAUUUAGAACUUCUUACGGUAAGAGCAGAUGCUUCAAACUGAUCAGUUAUAACACCAACAUUAUGAGCAAUUGAUAAUUAGUGUAAUGGUGAGAGCCAAUGUGUAAAAACAGAUGACUGUGUGAAAAUAGAUGACUAUACGGUGUGUUUAAGUAAAACUUGCAGUUUGUGUACAUUAUCUGGUAAUUACAGAACAAAUAGUUACAGGAAACGCCAGCCUUGCAGUUAUUACUUUCGUUGUUGUUUCACUAGACAAAAUCAGGCAAUAAUCUGCAUGUGACCCUAAAAUGCAAAGUUUGACCACAGUCACACUUACUGUUACAUUUCUUUUGGUCCUGUUGCAUUAUUAGUUAUACUGAUUACAGCUGAUAGCUUCGGCUGCAGCGAAGGUUUUGUGCAUAUACUUUUCAAUGUGCACGUUUUUCUGGUGUUUGGAGGAAUCCAGAUGUGAACGUGUUACAAUGUCUUAAUCUUCAUGAAACAUAACAAAGAAAUGAAAACAGGGACAGUUACAUAGAUGAGAUGGUAUCUGCUGGAGCAAACUGGGGUGAGCAGCUGUUAUUGCUGCAUCGUAUUUUAUGUUUAGACAAAACGAUUAACCGACUAGUCAAGAAAUUAUCAGCAGGUAUAUUUAUAUUUUAUGUAUUUCCUAGUGUCUGUGGAAUGUGUUUCCAGGUGGAACCAACUAUUCUGAUGAAUUGUUUCAGUCAUAGCUUUGAAAAAAAUGACUUUUAUUGGUUUUGUAUUUGCUUCUGUACAUGUAGAUAAAUGACAUUUUGGUAUUUAGCUGAAAUGGUUAUCCACAAUUUCUUAUAAGGAGUGCAGCUGUGUUAAACUGUUAUAACCUGUUAUUAGCAAUGUGCAAUCACAGUGAGUGUAAAGCUGAAAGCAAAAGUGUAAAAUCAAACUAAAGCAAUGAACAUGUAUCUACUAGUGAUGUGCGAUACCAUUUAUUUCCUUUCUGAUCCAAUACCAAGUAAAUUCCAGGCUGGUAUCGUCGAUACCAGUGCUAAGGAGUGAUUAUUAUCAAUACUUUGAGCAAAAAAAAGAGGGGAAAGGGUCCAGACAACAGAGAAUGAUGGAGAAGAGGAGCUGUAAUGUGUAUCUAUAAUUGGCUUCCCGCUGUAACUGGUCACAUACUGUGACCCUUCACUACUGUGAAGGGACAUUUCUGCAGCCCAGAUACUGAACUGUGGGACUACGCCAUUACUACAUAGGAGACUCUUUACAUGCCAUCUUGGUUGUUGUUUACAACCCUCCUUCUGGCAACUGCAUAUGAAAUCCACUCUGUUACCAUGAGACUCCAGACUUAAAAUUUUUUGAUUCUGAUUUUCUGUGGUUCACAUAUUUACAAAGCUGUAGUUCAUAUAUGAUUAUGGCAGGUGGAAGGAGAAGUAGUUCCUAUCAAAUGGAUAUUAUUUACACUGUCCUGGUAAUAAAGUAGUUACUGUUUCCCCUGCUGAAGUUAAAAUCCACAUUUACCCCAGAUUAGCCUGCUAAUUUAAGAUACUGAUCUUUUAAAAUGGGAAUCGAUCCUAGAACAGGAAACGCUAGGAUUGGAAGCAUUGGGAAUUCAAAACUGAUCCGCACACCACUAAUAAAUACUGAAGGUUUUUGAUGGUAACUAUAAAACAAAUCUUCAGUCAGGCAGUGAAAAGGUUGGGCCA